UGAGGCAGCAGCAGCAGCGAUGGCUCACAGCCUCACUCAGGAGUAUUUUCAGAUCCCCGUGGUGACCCGAGCAUACACGACUGCCUGCGUCCUUACCACCGCUGCUGUGCAACUUGAGGUCAUCACCCCCUUUCAGAUCUAUUUUAACCCAGACCUCAUCAUCAGAAAAUACCAGAUAUGGCGCCUGAUAACCAGCUUUCUCUUCUUUGGUUCUCUUGGAUUCAGUUUCGUGUUCAACAUCACCUUUCUUUAUCGAUACUGUCGGAUGCUGGAGGAAGGCUGUUUCCGGGGAAGGACGGCAGAUUUUGUUUUCAUGUUCCUGUUUGGAGGAGUCGUGAUGAAUCUGUUUGGUCUGUUCGCCAACGUCUUCUUCCUGGGUCAGGCCUUCAUCAUCAUGCUGGUAUAUGUGUGGAGUAGAAGACAUCCGCUCAUACGAAUGAACUUCUUCGGCCUCCUCAACUUCCAGGCCCCGUUUCUCCCCUGGGUGCUCAUGGGAUUUUCACUGCUGCUCGGAAACUCAAUUGUUGUCGACCUCCUAGGUAUCAGUGUCGGUCACAUGUACUAUUUCUUAGAAGACGUGUUUCCAAACCAGCCGGGAGGAAGGAAGCUGCUGAUGACACCAGAACUUCUGAGGGCUAUGUUUGACCGGCCAGAGGACCCUGAUUACCGUCCCCUCCAUGAAGAGCAGCAGGAUGGAGAUCUGGAGCAGGACCAUUAACAACAACAAAGAUCAGGAGAUACCAGUUGGCGGAGACACAGGACAGUCAGAAGAUGUGGAUUUGUGGAGUCCCGAGUCCUUGCAGAGGACAGUUAAGAUGUGCAAGGAGUGAACUUUGUUUUAAAUUGCCUGUUUACUGUAAGCAUAUGAACUAAAUCUACUCAGUGUUCACUUGGCUGAAAAAGCAAGUCUCAAUUGCUCUGUGCAAAUGAUUCAUGAUGAAGGAAAUACGCUCAACACAUUUGUUAGACCUCCAAAAUAGACAAAAUUAGCUUUUGUGUAGAGUAACACUGACCGUAAACAAAAGCCACAUUUGUUUACAAGGAAACUCAACAGGGCACCUUUAAGGUUCAUUUAGUAGAUUCUUUUUGAGCUUUCAAUCAGUCCCAGGGUCUGUGUCAGGUCACCACGUAGUAACAGGUGGAAAUACUAAAUCAUUCUGUCACAAGUUCAGAAAUUAUGCUAAAAGAAGUUUCAAAAACUGGAGCCAAGAAGAUAAAAACAAACGAACUUGACCUCAGUUUCAAACUAUUCACAUAAACAAACACAAACAUCUGAAGAAAACACACUGUGUCAUUUUGAAAUAUUAACUUCUGACCCAAGACUUUUGUCAACAUGACCAGAUAAAUAAAACUUGGUAUUUGUACGUUGCUUAUGGAGAACUGAAAGGAGCGGGACUAACCCAUAACUCCCUUUCCCUGCUGUUGUGUCACUGCUGCUCUCAGCAGAUCAUCAGCCCUGUCUGCACACUCUGCACUUUCACCUGCUGCCUUUGUGGGUCCAAACACUGGGUACAAAAUAGAAAUUGCUUAGCACAACAACACACAAACAAGUCAGAAAUCUGUGGGACCUCUCCCAACCACAAAACACAUGCUUCAUGAUCCCUCAUACCUCUGCUCAUAAAUAUUAGCUACCGCUGAGCAACGUCAAGAAAACUAUUUGUCUAAAACUAUAUCUAUAUAUAGAUAUUACACUGCCAACUCUUAGAACCAACAACAGUCAGUAGACCUCUGAAAUACUUUUUUUAAAUGAUGCACAAUAUAACCAGACGAGAAAUCAAGCUUUCACUUUUUAUUUUUAUUUUGUAAGAAUUAUUAAAAUGUACAAAAAGACAACAAAUACAACAUAACAAUAUAUUAUCUGAGA